CGAAGAAGAAGAGCAUCGCUUUGUGUACUUCCGGUUAGCAAAAAUGGCUCAAGGUUCAAAGAAGUUUAAAGUUCAGCGGCCAGGAGCGGCGAAAAAACACCAACAGAACAAACAGAAAGGACCGAAGAAAGGAGGAAGGGCCAUUGCACCUAAGAAGGCUCAAGUGGUCGAGCAACAGAAGCUGAAGAAGGGUCUGGAGGUCGCCAUCAGGAACAAGAUUGAGCAGGAAGUGACCCAGAGGGCGAGCAAAUCCAUGCACAAGUCACUGAGUGUGGUUAAAGGGGCUGAAGGUAAAGGGAAGCCAGGAGCAGCCCGUCCAGGAACCAGCUCCAAAUAGGACCUGAACCAGAACCACAGCCCUGAGGCUGAGCCUGCUGACUGGAGGACUGAGUCAUGGCUCAGUGAAUUACACUGAUCCUAUGACUCAGUUUUAAGAUGCAGGCCAGCUGUCCUGUUGCUGUUCAGGCUAACUUCAAGCAUGUAGAAAUAGUCAGAGCCCUUCCUUUAUGGAUGCUUGUAUGUUUUUCAGUCUACAGUGAAACGUAUGAAAUAACAGAAGAGAUAUUUAAGAUCUGAUCUGUGUGACAUGGAGUUCCAUAAACCUCCACUAGGGGGCACCACAGGACUUUACUGACUGAGAGUUUCUAAUCUGCUUGUUUGUCCUUGUAAAAAUCCUUGAAAACAACAUAAGAAAUAAUGAUUUUAUGACAUUUGUGUCGUGUCAGCCUGAAACAGAUUUUGUAUCAUAUCUAUUUUAUGAUUGUACAGGAAAAAAAUGAUUAAUCACAGUAAAAAAUGUACAAAACUUACACCUGUCGUUGUCAAAAAUGCUUUGUAACUGUGUGUUACAACCAUCAGCACUGAUCAUGUCUGUAAAUAUUUUAAUUUUAAUGAUUGUAGAAUAACAAUAAUAGCUUCAGCUUCAUCAAG